GCCGAGGCUGCGCCGCCAGCUGCCCGCGCCGCGCCCCCCGCGCCGCCGCCAGCCCCGCCGCGACAUGGCCUGCGCCGCCCUGCGGCGGCCCGCGACCCCGGAGCGCGGCGCGGCCGGCCGCUGAGAGCGGCCCCAAGGCGGCAGACCCGCCCGGGCCCCGGAGCAAGCUCCCGCCGCGGCCCGGCUCCCCCGGGCCGGCUCCCUGCACCCCGCCUGCACCCCGCCGCCGCCCGGCCCGAGGAUGGAGACGGCGGAGAAGGAGUGCGGCGCCCUGGGCGGGCUCUUCCAAGCCAUCGUCAACGACAUGAAGAGCUCCUAUCCCAUCUGGGAGGACUUCAACUCCAAGGCCACGAAGCUGCAUUCCCAACUGAGGACCACUGUGCUGGCUGCUGUGGCCUUCUUGGACGCCUUCCAGAAAGUGGCUGACAUGGCCACCAACACCCGAGGGGCCACACGGGACAUUGGCUCAGCGCUCACGCGCAUGUGCAUGCGCCACCGCAGCAUCGAGACCAAGCUGCGGCAGUUCACCAACGCCCUGCUGGAGAGCCUCAUCAACCCGCUGCAGGAGCGCAUCGAGGACUGGAAGAAGUCAGUCAACCAGCUGGACAAGGACCACGCGAAAGAGUACAAACGGGCUCGGCAUGAGAUCAAGAAGAAGUCAUCAGACACACUGAAGCUGCAGAAGAAAGCACGCAAAGGGAAAGGAGACCUGCAGCCCCAGCUGGACAGCGCCCUGCAGGACGUCAAUGACAUGUACCUGCUGCUCGAGGAGACGGAGAAGCAGGCGGUGCGCCGGGCCCUGAUCGAGGAGCGUGGCCGCUUCUGCACCUUCAUCACCUUCCUGCAGCCUGUGGUGAACGGCGAGCUGACCAUGCUGGGAGAGAUCACCCACCUGCAGGGCAUCAUUGACGACCUGGUGGUGCUGACCGCGGAGCCCCACAAGCUGCCCCCCGCCAGCGAGCAGGUGAUCAAAGACCUGAAGGGCUCAGACUACAGUUGGUCCUACCAGACCCCACCCUCGUCACCCAGCAGCUCCAGCUCCCGAAAGUCCAGCAUGUGCAGCGCCCCCAGCAGCAGUGGCGGCGCCAAGGGUGGCGGAGCCCCAUGGCCAGGGGGUGCCCAAACAUACUCACCCAGUUCCACCUGUCGCUACCGCAGCCUGGCACAGCCAGCUUCCGCCACCGCCCGCCUCUCCAGCAUCUCCUCCCACGACUCCGGCUUCAUCUCCCAGGAUGCCGCCUACUCCAAGCCUCCCUCACCCAUGCCUUCAGACAUCGCCAGCCAGAAGUCCUCCAGCUCUGCCUCCUCCGAGGCCUCAGAAACCUGCCAGUCGGUUAGCGAGUGCAGCUCUCCCACCUCGGACUGGGCCAGGACCGGCCCCCACGAGCAGCCCUCCACCCUGCAGCGGAGGAAGGACCGAGUGGAGCUCCUGCGAGACGCAGAGCCAGGCCCAACCAGCGGGGGCGCCCUGGGCCCCAGCGCAGAGGAAGCUCCUCGACCCCGCAUGUCCCCUGCCACCAUCGCAGCCAAGCACGGUGAGGAGGUGUCCCCUGCAGCCAGUGAUCUGGCCAUGGUGCUGACGCGCGGCCUGAGCCUCGAGCACCAGAAGAGCAGCCGGGACUCGCUGCAGUACUCCAGCGGCUACAGCACACAGACCACCACGCCCUCCUGCUCGGAGGACACCAUUCCUUCCCAAGGCUCUGACUACGACUGCUACUCGGUGAACGGGGACGCAGAUGGCGAGGGGCCCCCUGAGUUCGACAAGUCAUCCACCAUCCCUCGCAAUAGCAACAUCGCCCAGAACUACCGCCGCCUGAUCCAGACCAAGCGCCCAGCCUCCACCGCGGGCCUGCCCACUGCAGGGCUGCCCUCUGCCUCAGGCGCGCCCCCCGGCGUGGCCACCAUCCGCCGAACACCAUCCACCAAGCCCACCGUGCGCCGCGCCCUCUCCAGCGCGGGCCCCAUCCCCAUCCGGCCCCCCAUCGUCCCCGUGAAGACGCCCACUGUACCAGACUCCCCCGGCUACAUGGGGCCCACUCGGGCGGGCAGCGAGGAAUGUGUCUUCUACAGCGACGAGGCCGCCUCGCCCCUGGCGCCGGACCUGCUGAAGGCCUCCCCGAAGCGGCUGAGCCUGCCCAAUGCAGCCUGGGCCAGCCCGGCCCCUGAGCCCGCUGGCUACGCCGGGCCAGGGCCCGAGGACGAAGAGCAGCAGCAGCUGGCAGCCAACCGGCACAGCCUGGUGGAGAAGCUCGGGGAGCUGGUGGCAGGGGCCCACGCCCUGGGCGAGGGCCAGUUCCCCUUCCCCACCACUCUGUCGGCCACGCCUGCCGAGGAGACGCCCACCCCACCCCCAGCAGCCACCAGCGACCCCCCAGCUGAAGACAUGCUGGUGGCCAUCAGGCGUGGGGUGCGGCUCCGCAGGACCGUCACCAACGACAGGUCGGCACCCCGCAUCUUGUGAUGGCGCCACCCUCCCAUCCUCUGGCCAGGUGCCAGGCAGGUAGCCUGGCCGGUGAGCGGCGGCCGCUCAGAGUGAAGGCGCAGCCAGGAGAGAGCAGAACCAAGCAAGCUUUUUUUUUUCUUUUUUUUUUUUUAAAGUCACAUGAGGCAAAGCCACUUUAUGGAAAGAAACACCCAACGUGGACUUCAGCAUUAAACAGGAAGUGACUUCUUUAACCUCGCCAUAAUGGAGCCUGCAGGCCUUGACCUGGAUUUGGAGCCUGUUUUAUACUCCCCUUGCCUAUACUCUGUCCUUCCUCGUCCUCCCUGCAGGCCCUGCCUUCCCCACGUCUCAGAGAGCCCCGAGCGCCCCUGCCCACGGUGGGGGGCCGGGCCAGCGCUCCCUCUGCCUGCCCUCCCGGCCUGGGCCCGCAGUGCCAGCGCUUAGCCAGCCUGGCCGGGCUGGGCCGCGCCACGGGGCCCGCGAUGUCCCAGGCCUUUCUAGACUGAGCCUUCUCUCUUUCCCUCCCCCUUCUCUGCCUCUCCCAUGCUCCCCUCCAUCGGGGAGGCAGAGUGGCUGUCGGGGGGCCAGGUGCCCGAUCAGCUAAGGCAGCAGAUUUGACUGACAAUGUGUGCAGAGUCACCGGUGGGCGUGGGGGCAGGUGAAAUUGGGAGGCUGGCCUGCCGCAGGGAGCUGUGCAAGGGGGGCCGGGGGCCCGGGCGCGGGGAGCCCCCGGGAGGAGGCUGGAGACCCUGGGGCAGCUCCUCCUGCUCUGUGAGGUGCACCUGGGGCUGAGGGUCAGGGUGGGGCAGCAGGGAAGGAGGCCAGAGGCCUCAGGGUCAUGGGCCAGACCCGCAGGAGCUACUUUCAGAUGUCUGGUCCUCAUUUGGGUACAAGAGUAAUUCUGGUGGCACUUCGCUCUCAGUUUCAGCCACAUUUGGGUGUGAGGGCUGGAGCAACAGAGGGUGUGGGGGGGUUCUUUUAUGAAUAUAAUAAAAUGGAGCUUACUGGACAAGGAUUGUGUGUGGGGACAGGGUGGACGAUACAGGGUGUGUCCGAGAGUGCCUGAAGGACAGGGGGCCCCACAGUGGUCUGGCGGGCUCAUCCUAGGAGGGGAAGGGCCAACUGGCUCUCCAAAGGCCAAGGGACAGCCAUUCUCUCCAGCCUCUGGAGCAAAAGCCAAAUUAAGGGCUUCCGGCCCAUCUGGGUGUCGAGGGGAGUCCUCCGGCCAGGCCAGGCCAGGCCGAGGGCAAGUCCGGGAAGAUUGGCUUUGACUCUCUGUUGCCAGAGGAGAUGCCAUCCCAGGACGUGCCCCACCCCGCAGUCCUGGCUGCCGUGAGGGCGGGGGUGGGGCUGGCUGGAGGCCCCCUCCCCCCGCACACCACGUUGUGCCAACUCUAAGCAGGUGAAAGCAGGUGCGCCUCCACAGGGAGGGCUCCCGGAGGCCCCACAGGCCGGCGGAGAGCUGGGCUCAAGGGGUGGCAGGGCCACAGGGCAGGGGCCCCCGGGAUCAGGAGAGCAGGCUUUUCCUGGUCGGGACGGGACGGGGUGGGUCUGAGUCCGCGUCUCCCAGCUGCCUGGUAGUUCCUGUGCCGGAGCUGGGACCCGGGUGGGGCUGGGAAGCCAAGGGUGCCCUGGGUGGGUGGAGCCCCGGGCUUCCCCGGGGUGGUGGAGAACGGUACCUGUAAGUCGCUAGGUCUGAGGACAACCUUGCUGAGCGCGCCGGCCAACCCCAGAGCCCAGGUUUGGGCACCUGGAGGGGGCCUGGGCGAAGGAGGGCCUUCGUGAAGGAGCCGGAGAGCAGGUGGCCGGUGUGGGCGGCCCUGGGGUGGGUGGGCGCCGCCCCCUCCGUCGGGGCUGCGUCAGGCUUCGCCCAGGGAGGCCGGGGCAGUAGGAUGCAGGAUGUGUGACGUGAGCAGGGUAUGGAGCGGUGCGGUGGGGCCGUGGCUUAGUCCCCGCGUCCGGGAGCGGACAGGCUCGCCUCCUGCGGGGGCGGGGGGGCGGCUUCGCAGGGUCAGGGAGGUUGUGCCUGCUCCUUGCUCAGCCCCCUCCCCCUGUGAGCCACCCCAGGGCUGUACAUAACUCCUCUGUCCCCUUGACCGCCUCUCAUCCAUUUAGUGACCACCUCAUAGUGGCCCCCCCCGCCCCGGGAUCCGAGCCGACCAUCCCGCACCACAGACUUUGGUUUGGGGGACUUCUUUACAUUUGUUUUAUUUUUCAUUUUGUACAGAGACAUAUUCUUUUCAAAGUCUUUUGACUGAAGUAACUUUUCUGGUGCUGUUGUUAACUUGUCCCUUCUGUUAAUUUAUUUCCCCGCCCUAGGCCCCCUCCUUGUUCCCUCUCACCCUCCUCCCUGCGCCCCCCUCCGCAUCACCCAUCCCAUCUGAACCAUUUUUGUUUCUUUUCUCUCUGUCGGUUUUUGGAUAAAUUAUCCUCUCCGUUCCUUCCCCUCCAGCCCACCCUGCCCUUGAUUUAAAUAGUCACUGCUACAAGUAACAAAUGCACUGUGAAGA